AUGAACAAGAAUCAAGAAAGCAUUCAGUAUUGGUCCUCACUUCUCAAAUCCUUUGCUGAUUCCGACCCUAAGGAUGAUCUCUCUCCCGAGAUAAGUAGCCCAAUACUGGUGAUGUCUACAUCCAUGGCUAUAGAUGUUUUGCCUAACCCUUCGAAUUCUCCUGGUGAUGGAGAGAAGAACAUUAAUGAGGGUGCGCAGAGAUUUACUGAUAUUGAGAUGGAAAAGAUAGGUGAAAAAGAAGAAAUGAAGAAUCUUGGUAAAAGACCACGUAGUAAUGAAGCUCGUAAUAUUGCCGAGAAGAGGAGACGCAGCGAUAUAAAAACCAAACUUGAGAACCUCAAGCAGUUGACACCUAAUUGCAAAAAGAGAGACAUAGCCUCGACCCUUGAUUGUAUCGUCGAGCACAUACGUUCGAUGAAAAGUUAUGUUGAAAGUAUGAGUCCUAUGUUACCACUCGGAAUGAAUAUGGAUUUUCCUGCACCAUGGUUCCCACAUAUCCCUCCCAAUUUGAUCAUGUCGCAGCCAUCGUUCAAUAGCCUAACCCGAGGAGAAACUAGCGAAAAUUUCGCCGAAAAUCCCAAACAUUGCAUUGAUAUUGGUAUUGAGUCUGAAAAUUCAUCAAAAAUAUACAAAAAAUUCCAAAGGAAAUUUAUUGAUGCAGAAAAUUAUGUAUUUCACCGAUUGAUUAUUUUCAGAGUUCAUCGAAUCUGGACCAUUAAACUGAGCAGCCACGUGCUUGAGACGAUACUUCAGAUUACAGAAGGUACAAGCCGAGCGGUAACGCCUAAGGACGUUACCAAGAAAAGUGAUCAGAGAGACAAAAAAGAUCAUUGCAACAAGAAUAAUCACGCUACUAAACGACAACGUUCCAUGGAAUAUCGUGUGCUGAUGGAGAAGAAAAGACGACAACUUAUAAGAGAUAAAGUAGAUAUAUUACAAGAGCUGACGCCUAAUUGCGCAAAGUCGGACCUUGCAACAAAGCUUGAAAGCAUCGUAGAAUACAUAAAAAGCUUAAAAUUUCAGAUUGAUGUAAGCUACUUUAUCUUUAUCUACAAUUCACAUACACAUUCACGAAUUAACGAAGUCUUAUGUGGUCCAGAUGAUGUCUAA